AUGAAACCUAUAGUAUUUAGGAUAGACCCAAAUGUCUUUUCUCAAUUCGUUAAACCAACAGGACAAAAGAAAGAGGUGGUUUCCUAAAUGAAUUAAGUUUAAGAUUGUUUAAAAGUAAUGUUAAAUUCAUAUUAUGUAGUAAUUAAAUAUUGAUGAUGAUGAAGAUGUAGAUUAAUUUACAAAUUAACAACCUUCAUAACCAAUAAUAAAAAAUAGAUCAAGAACACUUUAUUCAAAUGGAUCAACUCUACCUGAAACUUUAUCUAAACACUCAAAUUAAUAGAUUCAGGAGAUGAAUCUAUCAAUGAGUGGAUCUUCUUUGGGUUGGGAUGAAGUAUUUAGUUCAACUAUGCCUACUUCAUUUUAAAUGUUUCAAUUUAAAAAUAAAAGACGCUAUGAACCUUAAUAGCAAACAACUUAAUUCUAAAUUCAAUUACAGAAUGUAAAUAAAUUAAUGUAAUUAUGGCAAGAUACCAAAAGACAAUCGUACAACCUUAAUGAUCAAGAAUAUACCAAAUAAAUAUUCUUAACCUCUUCUUCUUGAAGAAAUAGAUUGCAAUCAUAAGAAUACCUACAACUUUUUUUAUUUACCUAUUGAUUUUACAGUAUUAUUUUUAAUUAAUGAAAAUAAUAGAACAAAUGUAAUGUAGGGUAUGCAUUUAUCAAUUUUUAUGAUCCUAAAGAUAUUCCAAAAUUUUAUUUAGAAUUCCAUAAUAAAAAGUGGAGUAAAUUUAAUUCAGAAAAAGUAUCUAUAUUUCUAUUUCAUUUUCAAGAUUUGUUAAAUCACUUAUGCUAGAAUUUAAGGAGUUGAAGAACUAUAAGGACAUUUUCAAUAUUCUACAAUAAUGCAAGAAAAAGUAUAUAUAUUAAAAAAUAUAUUAUUAGGAUAGAAGAUUAAAACCCAUUUUUAAAUAAAGUUCAGAGUAGAAGCUAAAAAGAAAAUGA